AUGGCUGAAUCAACUCGGCCGCUUCUGACCGAUUCGAACUCGCCACCGCCGAGAUCCCUCGACGACACGAUAGAAAGAUACAUUGGAAGCUUUGGUUGGGCCCAGUUUCUCCAAGCCACAUUGGUCUCAUUCUCCGGCGUAUUCGACGCUCAGCAGACUUUCAUCUCCGUCUUCACGGACUUCGAACCCACGUGGCACUGCACCGAGUCGGACUCGUUCUGCCACCAGUCCGUCUCCAACAUCUGUAUCCUCCCCAAAACCGCCUGGUCCUGGGAUUACUCUCCUCACGUCUCCGUCAUUUCCGAAUGGGGCCUCCAAUGCGCCGGCUCGUUCGUCAAGGGCUUGCCGGAGAGCUCCUUCUUCGUCGGGUGUCUAAUCGGCGGUUUGAUCCUCUCAACCUUAGCCGAUUCUUCGCUGGGUCGUAAGAACAUGCUGUUUCUCUCGUGUCUCCUGAUGUCGAUAUCAACGAUGCUAACGGUUUUCUCGCCCAACAUUUGGGUUUACGCUCUUCUUCGGUUCGUUAACGGUUUCGGCCGAGCGACGAUUGGGACGUGUGCGCUCGUGCUCUCGACGGAGCUGGUCGGGAAGAAAUGGCGCGGGCGAGUCGGAAUCAUGAGCUUCUUCGGGUUCAUGCUCGGGUUUUUGUCUCUUCCCGUCAUGGCUUACAUCAAUCGAGGAAACUCGUGGAGGAUUCUCUACAUCUGGACUUCGGUUCCGACCAUAAUCUACUGCGUCCUGGUUCGUUUUUUCGUUUGCGAGUCUCCAAGGUGGCUUUUCGUUAGAGGCCGUAGAGAAGAAGCCAUUUCGAUUCUCAAAAGGGUUGCUUCAAAUGGCGGUGCAAUCUCCAUGAGCUUUUCGAGCUUACCGUUUCAGGAGGAGGAAGAGAAAGACGAGAAGCCUAGUGUUAAUAAUGUCUACGCAGCCAUGAAGGUAUUGGUGGAAAAGAGAUGGGCACUUAAGAGACUAUCCGCGGUAAUGGCGGUUGCGUUUGGGAUCGGUUUGGUCUAUUACGGGAUGCCUUUAGCGUUAUCCAAUCUCGAUUUCAAUGUCUAUUUAAGUGCAGCGUUCAACGCGUUGAUGGAUUUGCCUGCGAACCUCAUCACGCUUUUUCUCGUCGAUAAACUCAGCAGGAGAAACGCGCUUAUCGCGUUCACAGCUUUAGGCGGAGUCUCUAGCGUUCUCAUAUUCGCGUUACAGAAUAUGAGGAUCGGGAACCACGGGGCGUUACAGUUGACAUUAGAGCUAAUUUCUUACUUUAGCGCCUGUUCGGCUUUUAACAUGGAGAUGAUAUACACAAUCGAGUUGUUUCCGACAUGCGUGAGGAACUCGGCGAUUGCAUUGACUAGACAGGCGUUGGUGCUUGGUGGGGUGUUCAGCCCUAUUAUGGUAGCGGCUGGUCGGAAAAACGGGUUCUGGUCCUUUGGGCUGUUCGGUCUUGCUAUAGGUUUGUUGGGAUUGUUUGCUGUCGGAUUGCCAGAGACAAGAGGGAGUGAUCUAUGCGACACUAUGGACGAGGAAGAGUGCAAAGAUCUGCGGAGUAACAACAACAUCAUCAAUAGUGUGAUUGCCUAA